AUGCCCGCUCGCAAUCAUCCUCAUCCUCAGCCCAGUCGGGAGGUCAUCGCCAAGAACAACGAUAUCCAAUUCAGUUCCACAGGUUGGAAGACCACCCAUCAUGGAGGGAAUAGCACAACAGGGAAAGCUAGCCUGUCCUAUACAUUUUUUGGUUCCAAGGUCCAGAUAUAUGGAAAAAUCAACCAAGACAACCGAAGUGUCAGUCCGACCUUGGUUUGCGCUCUAGAUGGGCAGCAAUUUAACUCUAACAACACAAAUCAUGCAACGAAUGAUGAUGACCGUCUCUGCGAGUGGCACUCCGAUGCACAAGCCGGCUCUCAUACAGUGAUGUUGAACUUUACUGACAAUGGCGGAGACAGUCUUCGCUUCGAGCGUAUACUUUAUCGACCGGAUCCCACUAUACCUUUGAAUGACGUUACGAUUUAUGUGCCCCAUUCAGAUCCUGCAAUACGCUACGAAGGUGACUGGAAGCAAGUCAAUGGUAGUCACAUCGCAACAAAUGGGCAAGCAAACAUAUCUUUUUCUUUUAUUGGAAGCAGUCUUCAGUGGUUCUGUGAUACACCUUCCACUACGAACAAUUCGCUUAACCAAUCCAUUCAAUUUUCUCUCGAUUCUAGCCAAACAUUCCGGCCAGUGGAUCGAGACUCCAACGACGGUGAUAAGUCACCUCGAAGGUCAUUCUUCAAAAUUCCAGAUCUUGGAUCCGGCCAGCAUAACAUUACAAUUUUCACUAAAGGAUUUUCAAAUUUAACGCUUUCGCAUCUAGUGCUGCUCAAUUCCGAAAUACAAGCCAGCACUAGCGGUAUUCUCUCAUCACCCCUCCCAUCUUCAACUUCAUCAGACAACACCCUCCCGUCUUCCACCCCAUCAGAGACCUCAGACCAUAAACACAAAAAACAGGAUCACGAUCAUCACUCUAGCCAAAUGUCAUUCAAAGAGAAAAUGGUGAUAGGGUUUGUUGUAGGAGGUCUGUCACUUUUUUUCCUUGCAUUGUACACCUACUUGUUCUGUCGACGGCGACGGCGACGCAACCGGAUGAACGGAUGCAAGUGCGAAGAAAAAAAUACAGGAAUGCCCAAAGUCUCGAAACGAGGUCAUCAGGCAACCACCACCCUGCCUGCGAUAUUCUCACACGAAUACCCAUUCGCACGGCAAUCUCCAGCGCAACUUCGCAGCAACCAACGCCAAGUCAACGCCUCGAAAAAGCGUCUGACGGUAUCUUCAUCAUCGACGGCAGCCAACACCCUCUUCCAAGUCGCCCCGCUCAGCGCGUUGCCGACGAAGAGCGAGCCCGACACUCCGAGAACCAACCGUCCGAACGUUGCUCGUUUUUUCCGGUUCAGCCGUUUUAGCGAGACUUCGCGGUGGACGACGUCGAGCUCCCUUACGCUUCUGCCGUCGCCGAAGCGGCCUUUUGUGGCUUUGCCGGACGACGAUGACCAGACGGUGGUCAUGGGUUACAGGCCUGGAACCAACAGGGUGGUUCAAAGCCACAGUCGCCCCCCUGAGCCACUUCCGCCAUAUCCUGGACGUUAG